CAACCCAUCAUGCAAAACUACAUACAUGUGAUGACUUGCCAACCCGUUCCAGACUCAGGUGGCCUUUCCAAUCCGCCCAAAGACAUCCAAAUCGGGUUCCCCAAGCUGCCCGACAUCGGCAGCCCUACACACGUUGAGAUCCUUCGCCAAUGGCUCCAAGACUGCGAUGAGAACCACGCCAGGUGCUGCUCGGACAACAACCCUGGAUCGUACCCUGCGAGGACGCCAACCAGACUUAUCGACGUCGGCCCAAAGGGGUGGGAGACGGUACGGUUACUCGAGACAGGAUCUUCCCAGCAAGUCGAAGAUCCUAGUAAGCCCGUCAGAUUCGAAUACAUCGCGCUGUCACACCCAUGGGGCGACAGAGCUCUCCACCAACACUUUUGUACCACCCGGGACAACAUCAACGACCACAUGAACCGGAUAUCUGAUGACAGCCUUCCGGCCACCUUCAAGGACGCCAUCAGGAUCGCGCGGGAGCUCAACGUUCGCUACCUUUGGAUAGACUCCUUGUGUAUUGUGCAGGGCGAGGACGGCGAUUUCGAGGACGAGGCCCAGCACAUGGAGACGGUCUUCAGCUCUGCCCUUUGCGUCAUCGCCGCAAAUAGCGCCACUGGAACGUCGGAUGGCUUUUUGAAGCAGAGGCCGGACCGGACGGUAGUUGUGGUCGCGAGGCCCUCGGAAAGUCCGUUCUAUAUCUGCGAAGCCAUCGACGACUUCCAGAGCGACGUGGUGGAGGGCGCGUUGAGCAAAAGGGGCUGGGUCUUGCAAGAGCGAGCCCUCGCGCGGCGGACCAUAUACUUCACCAGCCGGCAGGUAUACUGGGAGUGCGGCGAGGGCAUCCGUUGCGAGACACUAACAAGGAUGAAAAACAGCCAGGCGGCGUUCUUAGGCGAUGCCAGAUUCCCCAACGUGGCCACCGGCUCUUCCAAAGGCGGCCAGAUCCGGCUGUACGAGUCGCUGUACACGCGCUACUCGCGGCUGCAGUUCUCCGACAUCCGCGACAGGCCCAUCGCCAUUGCCGGGCUGGAGCAGCGUCUCGUCCGCGCCUUCAACACGGAGGGGGGAUACGGUGUCUUCGAGCGCUACUUUGGGCGGGGCCUGCUGUGGCGGCGAGACCCGGACGACCUGCAGACGGCCUUGGAGAGAAUCGACUUCUCGCCUACACAUCGGCAGCAGCAGCAGCAGCAGCGGCUCCGCUCGUCCCUCGUGCCCUCCUGGUCUUGGAUGGCGUACAAAGGCUCCAUCACCUUCAUGGACCUGCCGUUCGAUGCCGUGCUCUGGGAGACGGACGACAUCAAAUCGCCCUGGUACUACCCCCCGCGUAACGGAUCGGGCAGGUCUUGGCUUUCCACCAGCUCCGACGGCGGCCAGUCCGAGCUCGUGGGGGUGGCGAGAGACUUUGUUGAACUUGUUCGUGACGACGGGCGUAUCGUCUACGACGGAGGCGAGAGGCCGCGGGAUGUAGCGCUCAAGUGCGUCGUGGUCGGGAGGCGCAAGUCGGAGGUGGCGGCCGAGUCCUACGUCCUUAUCGUUGCCCCAAAGUCUCAUGGCAAAGGUGAUGCCGCAUACGAGCGAGUGGGUGUCGGGGCUAUUCCCGGGAGUUGGAUUGUGACGGGUCAACCUGGGCUGGAGGUCCGGAUUGUAUAGAAGACGUGAACAACAUUACUUGUACUACUGAGCCAAGAGUUACCAAAAUUCUAGUCCAG